AUUGCAUGAAAUACGGGUGAAAUGCGAGUGUCGAAUCGAUAUGCUUGGACUGUCUCAGUCGUCGGACCCGAGGCGCCUGAGAAUCUACCGCACAUGCCAGCUCAGACACAUCUCAGGUAGUGCCAAUAAUUCCGGGCUUACUAACAUUUCCUUAUACUGGAUAGCAUCGUCACGGCUAGUUCAUGCAGCAGCAAUUGUGGUUUGAUGACGGCUCGGCCCCAGGUGGUCCGUCUUUCCCGUCCCAUCGAUCGGCAUCUCUUCUGGCUGGGGGGAACAAGGGUUGGACCAAGUUUACUGAUAACCGCGUACUGGAUCCGUUUCCAAUGUACCACGUUACUGGGGCCGCUGAGGGAACAGCGAAAACACAUCCACUGUCUCAUGGACGACAUUCCCAAGAAGAUUACGUUAAGCACUCCUAUUUAGACUUGAGUGAGUUAUCUACAGAACAGCUCCCUGCGAACGGUUUCCUUCCUCGGCCCCCACGAAGUACGGAUACACAAUUGGACCCUAGGAUUCACUCAACGCUCAGGUAUUCUUCGAAUCCAAGUAAACACCACAUGCUAGAGCUGACCAAAAGGCACAGGAAGCUGGAUCAUUUGCAACGAUGCUUGCAGCGGUACGAGAUAGAACGCUUGGAGGCUGGUCAGGCUGUUCUGAGGAUAGAGCAACGUCUGAAGGAGCUACAAGAACGAACCGCUGAUCUGCUGGAUUAUUCAGCAGAGAAACACCGUUCCGACAAGGAGCCAUGGAUGACGAAUCCCAUGCAAAUCCCAAGAAUCGAUCGACAUCAGGGAGCAUACCAUCGGUCUGGUCCUGCAAACAACCAGUUGUAUUUGGACACGGAGCAGAUGUUGAACACAACUUCUAGACACGUACCCAAGUCACCUCUGAUACAGCCUGAACAAGUGUACAAUGCGGGGCACAACUGCGUAGCCAAUCAGCGCAGAAGAGACCAACAUCAAAACGACCAGUGUCGUCCAUCUCCGGGCAAGCAAGCUUUAUCCGAUCGAAGUCUGCUGGCUGAACUUGAAGCCUACCAAGGGGUGCUUACCAACCAUUUAACCAGACAACUUGGACGACUGGCUGCUGCAGAUGCCACAGUGCUUAACCUGGCUGGUACACUGAUGCAAAUGGGUAUUGGAUCUUCUGUGAAAGAGGAUCACUGUCAAUUGGCUGACGCCCAGAUGACGCCAGACUACCCACCAAAGGCAAAGUUGAAUGAGAACGUAAAACAUCCAACGGAACUUCAUGCUGAUGAACAAAACGCCCUGGAGUUGACACCGCCAAAUACAAAGAGUAUGAGGAAGCAAGGCAUGGAUUGCAAGGGUGAAUCACCUUCCGCCGAAGCUCUUUAUUUCCCGCUACCGACAACCGUUGAAAACAUUCCAUUGCUCAGGAACCCAUCCCAGUUUGAACGACCCCAACCACAGUUGAUACGUCCUGUCCCGGACCGAUUGCCGCAAGCGCCAUGGCCUGCAGUACUCCCAGUGAAUUCGCAUCAAGGGCCAUUUUCGGGAUGCCCCACUAGCAACGUCCAUCGGGGUCGCUUUUAUAGUUGGGACAACAAAGAAUCUUUUGUAGUGCAAAAGAAAAGCUCCGCUGCAUCCAGCUGUCUAGUUGAACUACACUCCGGGCUGCCGAUAAGUUGGUUAUCCCGAGCCUGGGAAAUUUUUCAGACUGCUACAGCUCGUCAAGUAUACCAACCGGUGAACACUGAGUAUACACAGCUUUUCGAGUCAGAUUCCGCACCGAUGAGUAGCGCCGUCUCCGGACUAGUUCUCUCUACAUCUAAUACCCAAAUGCUGCGAUCGGCAUUCCAACUCCCGCUGCAAGUGCAGUUGGUGGCAGCAAUGCCAAGGCGGGGUGGGUUUGUGUCGUCUGCUGAACGAGGUCCGGAGUCGGCUCCGCCUCUGCCCCCCAAACGGAACCCCAAUGUUGCAUACGCAGACGAACCACAGACCAUAGAGGAUGAGGAAGUGUCCAAAUUGAUGUCCACGGAAAAUAUGGUGACAAACGAACAGGAACAGGGGAAACAAACAGGUUCAAAGUUCAUGGACCCAACCAAUGUUCAACGCCCGCCUCCCCCGCCGUACUACGUGAAUCUGACAGCAGCAGCAACAGAGACCAGAUCUUCUCCGGUGUUUGAUCUCAGACGUCUGGAAGAUGUUGCAACCAUAAUCACCCCAAUACAACGCUCCUUAUCCAUAGUGGAGUGCAAUUCUAAUGCCAACAAUCGAUUGGAAGUCCCGAAGCAAGGUAUGAGAAGAUAUGUGCGCCCAAGCACCAUCAAUCUACGGCACUAUCUCAAACACCGUGGUUAUGCACUAGAAGAGUUGAUCGUGACAGAGGAAUUUGACUGGAAAAAACUAGUGACUCCAACGUCGAAUUGUUUUCAGUCCGUGUUUGUGCGGUGGUUCCGUACAAGCUUCAAUCGAAAUUCCAGCGAAAAGACACGAGGAAGGAAGUUGGCAAAGGACGGUUCCGUGUCCACAUCCUCGGAACCCGGUAGUGACUGCGCCCCAUGCCGAACACCGGAAUUUCGGGUUAUCAUGACAAAUACUAAGUGUGAAGGGUUUUUGUUUCUUUGGCACUCGAACUGCAGAUCCGCACGACACCGAUCACCGCCUUGGCGUUCGAUGCGUGAAACUGACCACACAAAAUUGCAAGGUGAACGACAGAGCCGAACCUCGAAGAACUGGCGUCAGAAGUGGUUUAUCUGCGAUCUGGAAUAUCGAAUACUCUCCUACUAUGACGAUCAAGGUGCAAUGAAGCAAAAAAACUGUAUCCCGUUGUCAACCAUUCAAACCGUCUUUGCUGCUCCAGAAAUAAGUUCCAAUUCAUCCACACCGUCUAUAUCGCCCAAGCCCCGGUGGCCACAUCGAAAUGUGGAUAACGGCACAAGAGAUCCCGGUGGUCGAAGGUCGACUAACUCUGAGGCAUCCACAAGCAGUCAGUGUAGGGCUAGUGCUCAGUGUGAUGAAGCACACACAAGCAACGGGAUAAUGGAAGAUUCAUGGACCAGCACCAUCUUCUGUAUUGACUCCACCACGCGGUUUUAUACACUGAGGACGACAAGUGCCAAAUUGCGGAAUAUGUGGAUGGCUGUGAUAGAUUUUGGGAGGCGGCGCGCCAUCUCAACGUGAUGCAAUAUCCCAUCAUCAACAUUACACACGUUAGCUAGAGGUGGAAAACAUCUCAGCUAUUGUGCCGUAAUAUCCCCGCCAAACAUUUGUACCCUUUUGUUUAAUAGAAAAUGACAAUGC